AUGCCCGCUCUUCCUCGAUUCCAGGCAUCCAAAGUCAUUCAGACUGCUGUCCCCCGCCUAUUGCAACGCCAACUUGCUGCCGCCGCCGAUUUCUUCGGCGGUGGCAGUGGACGCGAAGGGCAGAAGAAGGCUUUAUUGAUCGGAAUAACGUAUCGGUAUAACUCCACGGACAUAUACCCGGAGCUUCACGGGACGACGAGCGAUGUGUGUGAGCUCAAAGAAACGCUCAUUAACUGUUAUGGAUUCAAGAAGGAGGACGUGGUUGUGUUAAACGAUGGAAAUAACGAUACCAUGGGAUCAGAAACGUGGCCUUCGAGAACCAAUAUUAUCGCAGCGAUCAAAGCCUUGGUUGACGGUGCCCAGCCUGGGGAUGAUUUUGUCUUCCAUUUUGCGGGACAUUCGGACCAAAUUGAGGCUAAGUUCGAUCUCAAUGAGGAGGACGGCCAAGAUGAAGUCAUGAUCUGUGCCGAUCUGCAGCGGAUUAUAGACGAUGAUAUCCGCAAGCUCCUCGUGGAUCCACUACCGAAAGGCAGCAGGCUGACGGCGAUACUGGAUUCCUGCCAUUCCGGUACUAUGCUCGACCUAACUCACUAUGGCUGUAACGAAUUUCCAGAACGCCAUAACUCCAUGCCGUUUGAGGUCGUCGUUGGAAGACACGAAGCGCGACCCCGUCGUUGUCCACGCCGUGUUCACACUGUCGCUACCGAGCAAGAAUUCAUCCGGCGCUCUAUCAUCCCCGACAAGUUAUCUCUCAUGAAACUCAAGGUCCAUGCCAUAGCACGAAUGAAGAUGGGAGCAAAAAAGGGCGCAUCUCGUCGGAAGUUCUCUGCAGCCCAGCUCCUGUUUGCUCGGUCUGUUGCUCCGCGGACAUGCGGAAGCCAUUGCAAACUUGAAGUGAGGACAGAGGCUACCGUUAUCUCCAUCUCCGCAUGUGCGGACCAUCAACUAGCUUAUGAGGAUGAUAUGGAGAAUUCAGGUUCCAUGACCAAGUCUUUGGUCAAGAUCCUAGGGAAACAUCCCUGCAUCACGAUCAACGAGCUACGCAAGAAGCUUCGGUCUAAGUUUUACGAGUCUGCAUUCGCGCGGCGUAAACGGCUGGUGGUGUACCAGAGAAUAGGUGGUGAUAUGACUGACUGGGAGGACGACUUGCGCGACUUUGAGGUUCAGAUCCCUCAGAUUGGCAGUCUAACUCCUCUGGAUCCCGAUGAGGUAUUUCUCGUUGGGCACAGAGGACGCCCAUUUUGGUGCAAGACGCGGUUCAAGACGAAGAUGGUGGCCUAGCGUCGUUGGCAAUAUCCCGAUGCUCGCGCCUGAUACCUUAUGACAUUAUACUCAUCUCUC